AAAGAGAGAGAGAGAGAGAGAGAGAGAGAGAGAGAGAUAGGACUUCCUCCCCGAUUCGCAAAGUGAAGUCACUUCCCAAAAUUAGCUGAAAAAAAGUUUCAUCCGGUUAACUGUCUCUUUUUCGCUCCGCUACAACAACAAACGUGCACAGGGGAGCGAGGGCAGGGCGCUCGCAGGGGGCACUCGCUGAGGGCCCAGGGCGCCAGGGAGGCCGCGCCGGGCUAAUACGAAGGGGCUGCGAGGUCAGGCUGUAACCGGGUCAAUGUGUGGAAUAUUGGGGGGCUCGGCUGCAGACUUGGCCAAAUGGACGGGACUAUUAAGGAGGCUCUGUCGGUGGUGAGUGACGACCAGUCCCUCUUCGACUCAGCGUACGGAGCAGCAGCCCAUCUCUCCAAGGCCGACAUGACCGCCUCGGGGAGUCCUGACUAUGGGCAGCCCCACAAAAUCAACCCCCUCCCGCCGCAGCAGGAGUGGAUCAACCAGCCAGUGAGGGUCAAUGUCAAGCGGGAGUAUGACCACAUGAAUGGUUCCAGGGAAUCACCAGUGGACUGCAGUGUGAGCAAAUGCAGCAAGCUGGUGGGUGGAAGUGAGGCCAACCCCAUGAACUACAACAACUACAUGGAUGAGAAGAACGGCCCCCCUCCUCCCAACAUGACCACCAACGAGAGAAGAGUCAUCGUUCCCGCAGACCCCACACUGUGGACGCAGGAGCAUGUGCGGCAGUGGCUGGAGUGGGCAAUAAAGGAAUAUGGCUUGAUGGAGAUCGACACGUCCUUUUUUCAGAACAUGGACGGCAAGGAGCUGUGCAAAAUGAACAAGGAGGACUUUCUCCGCGCCACCUCGCUCUACAACACAGAAGUGCUGUUGUCACACCUCAGUUACCUCAGGGAAAGUUCACUGCUGACCUACAAUACAAGCUCCCACACAGACCAGUCAUCACGGCUGAGUGUCAAAGAAGAUCCUUCUUACGACCCAGUGAGGAGAGGAGGAUGGGGCAAUAACAUGAAUUCUGGCAUCAACAAAAGUCCUCCCCUCGGAGGAGCACAGACCAUGAGCAAGAAUGCCGAGCAACGGCCCCAACCAGAUCCCUAUCAGAUCCUGGGUCCUACCAGCAGUCGUCUAGCCAACCCUGGAAGCGGGCAGAUUCAGCUCUGGCAGUUCCUCCUGGAGCUCCUCUCCGACAGUGCCAACGCCAGCUGUAUCACCUGGGAGGGGACCAACGGAGAGUUCAAAAUGACGGACCCCGAUGAGGUGGCCAGGCGCUGGGGGGAGCGCAAAAGCAAGCCCAACAUGAAUUACGACAAGCUGAGCCGGGCCCUCCGAUACUACUACGAUAAAAACAUUAUGACCAAAGUGCAUGGCAAAAGGUAUGCCUACAAAUUUGACUUCCAUGGCAUCGCCCAGGCCCUGCAGCCACACCCAACCGAGUCUUCCAUGUACAAGUACCCCUCUGAUAUCUCCUACAUGCCUUCCUACCAUGCCCACCAGCAAAAGGUGAACUUUGUCCCUCCUCACCCAACCUCCAUGCCUGUCACUUCUUCCAGCUUCUUUGGAGCUGCAUCACAAUACUGGACCUCCCCAACAGGGGGAAUCUACCCCAGUCCCAACGUGCCCCGCCAUCCUAACAGCCACGUGCCUUCACACUUAGGCAGCUACUAUUAGCAGCUUAGUCACUGGGAGUCGUCUGGCCGAAGCCCUAUCCCUCGCACUUCCUGGAUAAUUUGGACUUCGAAGGACAUACGUGACCUUGAAGAGAAAAUGAAACUGGAUAUGUUCUUUCUUAUUGGAUGGAACCUUUGUAUUUGCUCUUUAAAAGCAAUU